CCUAUUGAACUUUGCUAGACAUGGGAAGUGAUCAUACGGCUCAUUAAUGAAAUUUUGCAUUGGCAGGUAAAAUCCAUCAACCACAAAACCGUACGACAUUGAAUUGAAAUCCCUACCUCUCUGCUCUGCAGAAGUCCUUAAAUGCAAGGGCAAUAUUGCGCUGUUCACAGAGAUGGGGUUUAAAAUUUUUGCCUGCUUUCACGUCCAUUGGGCAGGUGGGUACGAAAGUUAAAAGGUCACAAAGCGACUGAUCACAAGAUCUAGGCAAUUGACAUUACUGCACAAAGUGAAAACACCAGCCCAUACUUAUUGGGGAUGGGGUCAUGGCCAAUGCCAGAAAUUUGAAAGAUGUGGGUCGUGGUUGAACUGUUUUCAAUUACCAUUUACAUGAAUAGCUUGCUAAUGGGAAUCUUUUUCAUGCAAGGUGAAAUGCAGUUGUGCUUUACGAGAAAUACGGUUUUGUCGAUCCCCUUGAUGAUCUUUUACUCAGACUGGAGGUGAAUUCAUCACUCGAUAAGUCAACGUGAAAACAAUACUAAUUUCAUCUAAUAGAGGGUACAAGUUACCUCAUGAGAAUGCGAAAUGUGUUUUCAGCUCAUCAAAUGAUUUUCUAUUUGUUGUUUUUGUCUCUUUACCUCUUCGGAGCAACACUGGGUUAAGUAAAAAAAAAAAAAAGAGAAUUUCUUCUUCUUAUUCGUUGUAUUGACCGACGAGGAUAAUUUAACUGAUUGAUAGUUACAUCACAAGUUGAUCCUGAUAACUAUUUGUAAUCGCCGCUUCAAAUCACGUGAAAAUUUUAUGUGCAUGACACAUUUGGUCAUCGUUUGACGUGGUAAAAAUUCUACAUAAACAUUAUAUUUUCGCAGUCCGAUUUUUGCAAGCCCUUCAUAUACAGAUCGUGAAUACCAUGUACCGCUGACCUACAAGUCGUACGUGGACCGUAUAUAGAUAUUUUGUCAUGUGUAACAAAGAUACUGUAUUUUAACCUUGGACCAUGGUGUUACGUAGGUAGAAGAAGAAAAAACUUCACUCCACCACCACUAGCCCUAGCAACUCUCAUUUAACAAGGCCACCAAACUCUCUAACCUUGUCAGGCUUUGACGGACCUGCCCCCCUUCACCAUUAAACCGCCUCUCAUCUGCCGUUUCCCUCAACUCGAUAUUUAUUACCACACCCUUCCUCUUCCAACACACACACACACUUCGAAGCAAGCUUUCCUCCGUUUGCAUCCAUGGCGCCGCUCCCAUUACUCUUCCUCUUCGCCUUCCUUCUCCCCUUCUCCACCGAGUCCCAAGUAGUGAAGAGCUCGGUGUCAUGCCUCGACUGCACCACCACCACCGCACCUCACCACUUCUCCGGGAUUAGGGUUGGCGUGAAGUGUGAUGGAGUGGAGAAGCUGGUGAUGACCGAAGCUGAAAGUGAUGGCUCUUUUGAAUCUGAGCUUCCCACAACUGGCUCGACUCCUCCUGCAAACUGUGUGGCCAAGCUUCUUGGAGGACAAACCAAGCUCUACGCUUUAAGAACCAGCCUAGUUUCCAACCUCGUGAAGGCUAAUAAUGGUGAUGAUGAGAACUCAUACACGACUUCAACUCCUCUUGCUUUCUACACUGCAUGCCCUCGAGGGAAGGCGAGUUACUGCAAUGGGAACGGCGUCGGGUCGUCGAAGACGGUGGAUCUGCCUCUUCCGAGGGAAUGGGGGCUUGCACCGACGAGCUACUAUCUCAACCCAUUCAUUCCCAUCAUUGGGAUUCCUUGAUUGUGUGUGUGUAUAUAUAAGUGGAGUGUAAUGGAUAUGUUUGUGUGUGUGUGGUUGGUUGUGUUGAGGUUUAAGAAGUUAUUAGGGGUGCAGUUUUAUGUUGUGGUUUGAGGUAAAGUGUGUGUAUAUGUGGUGUUUGGUGUUACCAUAUAUGGGCUAGAGGAAGAAUAAGCCAUGAAAAGGUUUAAAAGAGUGUGGAAGUUGUUUGGUUUGUGGGAUGGUUGAUGGAGAAGCUAGCUACUGUGUUUGUGUAUGUAUGCAAUAUAUGUAGCACUAUACCUAUUUUCAUGUGUAUAAGGAAGAUCUUGUCUACUUUUUGGGUUUCUUUGUUCAUUUGGACAUGUUUGAUGGGGGUGCUAUAAUUUCUCACCCAUAAUCGAGAACCAAGUCACAGCUCCCUCAAUUGUUUUUCUUUAAAAAUUCUCAUAUCGAGUCACAACGAUUGAAACCGAAAGAUCGUUUUGACCUUUUGGGUAUAUGAAUGUCUCAUAAUUAAAGAUAUUUUAGAGGCAAAAUUUUCCCGACCAAACGUCUUCAUGAGCUCUCCAUAAUAAAAAAUAAUAAAAAAAGCUAUGUACCCAAGUUCAUCGAAAUUAACUUGACUUUCUCGCAUCUUCUAUUGUAGGACUGGUAAUUCGGAUACACGCAAUUUGAUCGAGAACCACAAACUCAACAAAUAGAACAGUUUUGAUUGUGGGUUUAGCUAAUCUUUCAGGGUUGGGUUAAGUGUAAUCACAUACCGAACCGAAUAAAAAAAUAGUAACAGAAUAUCCAACCGAAUCUGGCCCUAGCCCACCAUGUCCUUCCAACUCCAAGGUCCAACCAGAUUACGGACCAAACACAAUGGGUUAUUAGAUUCAAUUGCAUGUAACCACAUUACAAACCGGAAAUCGAAACAUUCGGGUAACCAAAAAAACAAUAUUGAUGAUGGUUACGGUUGCUGAAAUGAGACCAAUUCAAAUUCAGACAUCGACUAAUUCAGCUGAGUUAAUAUGAACCCAACCUAUUCCCAUCCCUAUUCUAUUGUCCAUGCCCAAUCAAUGACACCAGAGGGGACUACUUGCAUACAUAGUCGAGAGACUACUUCACCAAGACUUCCAUUAUUAUAAUUUUUUUUUCUUGAAGACCAAGGAAAGGAGCAUAGACUUUGGAGAAGAGUCAAUUGUGGAAGUCAAGGAAACCCUCAACGUAACCCAAAUGGGAAGACGACUCAUGUGAACGCGGCAUGAAGAGGUAACAAAAACACAUGAUUGAUUGACAAGUAUGCAAGUGUUGCGUUUGGAGUUUGGAUGGUGCAAAUGUAACAUCCAACAAAGUAUGUGUUGUUUUGGAUCUUUGCGAAAGGGAAACGAACAAAGAUGCCUAACCUUUUUUUUUUUUUUUCCUUUUUUCUUUCAGAAAGUACAAAGGAAUUAUAGAUUUUGUGUGUGUGGGGCAAAUCCCCAAUAAUAUAUAGUACACUUUUGUGUACUUUUUUUCAUUUCAAAUUUCCUGCAACGAGAGAGAAAGUAGGAAAGACAUUUUUGUCUUUACAAUUAAUUAUUUAUCUCACAUAAAAAAUAUUAACAUCAAGAUUUGAACCCGGAUCUCUUCAAACAAAGACAACAAUCACAACCAUUUAUGCUGAACAAAUUUGUUGUGCCUUUUUUAAUACAAAAUAUACACGAAGUUCAACUCUCUGAAAAUCACAGGACUUUCCAUCAUGAUUAGCAAGCCCACUAAGUAUACCGUAUGUAUUUUUAUGGUGCUUGAUACUUCAAUUUUCAUAGUAGAGUUUCAUGUAAUUUUCUCAAUUUUAAAAUUCUUUCUCUCUCCUUAAUUUUUGCUAAAGGUAAAUUGGCAAUUGGGUAACAUGGAAAAAACUAAUUUUGUCACUACGUGUUGCGUCCUUGCAUUUUUCAAUUUAAAUUUGUGGUUUUAUCUUUGUUCUUAUCUCUUUCUAACUUCCUCGGAAAUUCCCUCCAACGUACAAUAGUUUACGCCCCUUUCACUUCCCAAUACAAGGCCGCCUUUGAAAAUCAAUCAUCCGAUAUCUCUUGGCACAUCAGUUUUAUUGUUGCGGAUUUAAGUUGGAAAAGUAAAAGAGUUUAAUAAAUAAUGUAGUUGCAGAAGGAGGAUUAGAAAUUGAAUUUUUGGUUGAAAAUAUGUCUCUUGAGAUAAAAAAAAAAUUUGGCUGUACAAGGAAGAGUGGUGGCUAUUGGAUCUUAUGUUUAUGGUUUUUACAUCUAUCACAACCUAUUUUUAUCUUAAACGAGGAAUCAUUGAUUGAUUUAUUGAAGUAGGUCGAUUCUUUAUUCAACCUACUGGAACUGAUAGACAAGGAGUGUCUAAUUUUGUGCCUUAUUACUUUGAUUGAGUCUAUUAGUGUGUUGGAGAUAACCCUAAUUUUGUCGUUUGCUCUCAAGUUUUGAUGGUCCCCUCUUAGCUUAGUUGUUAGUAUAUAGUUGACUUAAAUCAACAACUCUCUAUUUCUUUUUUAUUAGUGGCAUAUUGUUCAUAAAAGGAGCGCAUUAAACCCUAAUAUAGGAUUGUGAGAUUUAAAAUUUAGUUUCAAACUAUUUAUGGGUCGUGUGGAAUUUCACUGAUCUUUUAUACCCUCUUUCUUGAAAACCAACUAACCAAUAACAUUUUAACGAGGACUUAAUUAACAUUAUGAAAAUGAAAUUAAUGAUACAUUUUAUAUUUUAUAUUCUUAAAUGAUGAUAGUAUUUCUCUGAAUGUUAGACCUAUAUAUUCUUUUUUUUAUGUAUCAUCUCGAUCGAAGGAUUGUCAAUAAAAUUAAACCGGUUGAUUAGUUUAAAUAUAACAUGAAAAUAUAAAUAAUCAAAUAUGAACAUUCCGGCCAAUGAGCCAGGUUAUAAGCUAGUUAUAAAAAGACCCAUUGAGG